AUGACCAGCCAAGAGCCCGGGCUUCUUGCCCGCUUCAACCAUAUUGUCCAGGGUACACCGCCCACAUACACCUACACGACAGGUUCGGUGCAACGUGUCCGUGUCAUCGGCAUCCCAGGCUUCAUAUAUCCCCCCGAGACGGAAACCGACGAGGAGCGACUGCAGUUUGCGCGUCAGCAGAUCAUCGAAGCCUUUACCAACCCGGACAUGAUCGAAAACGUGUUUAAGACCGCCGACAGCGGGCGACUAACCAUCUUCAUGACAGGAGAGAAUGCCCUCUGUGGCCAGACUAUGGCCGAUGGCAAGACGUGGCAGUUUCCAGGGAAGAACACCAUCCCCCUCAGCUGGCAGCCGGCGAUCCGCGAAGUCCUCCUCGACUGUGCGCAGUACAUCGCCUCGUACACCAAAGAAACCAUCGGCUGCUCGAUGACGACGACAUACGAUCUCGGCGUCACUAAUGCGGCUGGAAAGAAAACCCUCUCGAAUACGGCGAUCCUGGUGUGUUCCGAGAACAACGAGGCGUGGUCAGUGGACAAGGGUAUCCCGAGCCAGAUUGACGGGUACGGUGACUGGGUGAUGGUGGAUACGACCGGCUCAGCACAGACCACCAAGGUGUUCUCGGUCAGUGACAUCCUCGGUGGCGGCGCGACCGACGCCAAUUCUGUCAUGCUCUCGAUCCGUAUCUGCUUGGACGCCACACAGGACACACCCUUCGACCAGGCAACCGAGCUGCGCCCUCCAGAUAUCGUUCUCUGUCCGGCGCUGGGCGCUCCAGCCCGAGAAAGCUGGUCCAACGGACUGAGUUCCGUCGUCAUGGUGUCCGACACAGCCGAUCAACACGUCACCCGGGUCAUGAGUGGUGGGACCGGCACGUGGCAAAAGGUCGAUGGAUUCGACGCCUUGAGCCACUACAGCUAUAUCGACACCCAGGCCGCAGGUCAGGCGUCACAGAUCCUGGGGGAGAACUUGUUGCAAAUUCAUGGGUUCGCGCAAGGGGCUCUGCUGGCGGAGACGUUCACCCGUGUUCCUGGUAGCCAGGUGAUCACCAUGGAAGACGAAGAAACUGGCGCCAAAACGACAGUGAUUGAAACCGCUACAGCUAGUAUCCCCGCGAGACCGGAGCUGCCUGCCACCGUUGCCAGCCUCAACAAUCUAAUGGGCGGGACGUCGUCGGUCAUCGAUGCUGAAGGAUUUGCGGACGGCGUAUGGGCCGACGAUCCGGACCAUGGCCUGCCACCCGAUGAACCCGUGGCUCCAGAGAGCAAAUUGAAUGAUCAGAACCUUGCGCUCAAGCUGAAUGGGCUGGAGCCAGCCCAGGCCAAGAUUCUCCAGGAGCGGAGCCCUGCCGUGAGAAGGAGGAGGCAGAGACUUCACUAUCAACCCGCCCAGCACUAUGUCCUUGGGUCGAGCGGUAUCGCCAGCCUCUCUCAGGAGCAGAAGGAUGAGCUGAACCAUCAUUUCCGCACGGGACCCUGCACCGUCUCCAUUCUGAACCCGACCAAUACCAAAACCAUCUCCGACGUUGAGGGACUUAUCGGAACUCGUCGUCUGAGCACAGUAUCGGGAGAAACAAUCAGCCGCAUAUCUUACUACCACUACGUGAAGCCCCAAAAUCCCUUCUACAAGGAGCGAGAUGUCAAACCGUAUAAAGGUACGGUGAUCUACACUGAUCGGUCGUACGCCACAGAUCCGAAGAGCCACGAAGCAGCGUUACGAGCAGAGAGAGAUCGUCUCCACAGAUGGUUGCUGCACUUCAACUACGGGUGGCAUCCCCUGAGCAAGCAUAGCAAGUGCGCCUUCGACACGAGCCCUAAGCCAGAGGAUAUUCCCACGUACUUCAAAGACGCGCCCACAGCUCCAGUUCAGGUGAAGACUACCGCCCGAGCCAUGGACGACACGCCGACGGAUCUGAUGAAUGUUGUUUCGCAGUUCAGCGACCUGUGGCCCGACAUCGCGCCCCUGGGCCAGCUUAUCGACCUCACCAAUCCCUUCUCCAACCAGAAGGGCAUCCGGUUCGGCAAGAUCGCCGUCACGACCAUUGGCUUCGGCGUGACGUGGGCGGGGGCGAGCAAUCCUAAGAACGUCAAGGACAUCUACUACGUCAGCCACGCCAUCGAGCUUUCCCCGAACCCACAAUUGAGCAUGGGCGGCUAUGUCGUGCGCACCUCCAUCAUCGACCCAGCCGCGCCGGCGCCCUACAUCUGCACGGCCAACGAUGUCUUCCCGGCCUCGGUGGAGUCGGAGACCGGGUUCACGGGCACGGACCAGGACUUUUUGGCCGUGAUGGACCUCAACGAGCGGUUCUUCUGCUACCCGGGGCUGCAGGUGCGGAACGUGUUCGUGGGACCGCGCAACUUCCUAGUGCAGAGCUCGUCGCCGCAGACGACGCAGUUGACGACGCAGCUCACCACGGGGGUCGACUAUAGCGUGACGGGGAACUGGGGGUUCUUCGAGACGUCGGGCACGGGCAGCAUCAGCGGCAGCGCCAGUUUUUCGAACAGCAAGACUACCGAGGUGCCCGCGGUCAAGGUCACCGACAUGAGCUCUAUGUACGGCUUCGUGCAGGAUGCCAUGUACCGUUUUGACUUCAGCAACACCACAUCCGUCGGCUCCACCACCAUCGACCUGCAGACCGAGCAGCUAUUUUUUGUCGACGACGACCUCAAGGGCAGCCGCGCCACGGGCUCCGGCAUCACCCAGCAGUUCCAGCUGAUUGUGUAUGGCUGGGCCUACGGCGGGAACAACCAGAUGUACACCUGGCGCGAGAUCCGGCCAUUCGAGCUCGUGGUGCCGCCUCUCCCGGCCGGUGCGAAUCCCCUGCCGCCGCCGCCGACUUGA